CUCAAGAGGAACGCAGUAAUGCGAGUACACUACAGGGCUGAGAUGUUAUCUGGAAAUCAGCGCCAGAGCCUGCAGCGAACGAGACUGAACUUAUAGUGAGAGCCUGCAUUUCUAGCGCCCCAAAGCCUAUACUUACGAGCCCGCUCUCACUAGUCUGCGCGUACAGGCUUGUUUUCAGGCCACACUUCACCCCGCACCCACACCAAUUUCCUAAAUUACCACCAAAAUGACUACUACUCCUCCACCACUUGAUUUUCAGCACCUUCCUGGCUAUGAAAUCCCUACAAAACACAAGGAAGCGAUACGCCAAUUACACUGGUUUGGCCAUGUCCCAGUUUUAAUGAUUCAGGAGCGAUAUCACCUCAACGAGAGCUCAGUUCGUCGCAUUCUGAGCUUUGAUUAUCCUGAGGGAAGACGUCCAAAUCGCACCGGCCCUGCCUUCCUUCUCUCGGACGCAAAGGUCGACGAAAUUAUCAAUUACCUCUCCGAAUCGUGGGAGCAUCGAAUCCUUAAGUACGACGUCCUUCAUGCGGAGCUUGGGCUUAAAUGCUCUGUCCCAACUUUGGAGCGGAGGCUCAAACAACGAGGCUAUUUCCGGUAUACCGCUUGCCAAAAGCCCUACCUCACGCGCAAUAUCUUUGGGCAAUGGCACAUAUAUUCUGGCAUACGGAGUGGCUAAAGGUACUCUGGUCAGACGAGGUUACCUUCUUAAUAGGUGGGAGGACUGCAAAGGAGAAGGUGACGAGGAAGAGGGGGGAGCGUCAGUGCGAGACGUGUAUAC